UUCACAGUUUUCCCUCAGGGUGGAGCUCUAAGAUAAUAUCCUGACUGUCACUGUGCUGCUGUCAGGGAAUGAAUGUGAACGGCUAGCCGGCUGGUAGCUUUGGCAAUGUUGUCAUUAUCAGAAUGAUAUCGCAGCGGGACAGAGGAGAACUUGCUCGGUUUUAUACUGUUACAGAUCCCAAAAAGCACCAGAAAGGAUAUACUGUCUACAAAGUGACCGCAAGGAUCAUCUCCAGGAAGAGCCCGGAGGAUGUGCAAGAGAUAACAGUAUGGAAGCGAUACAGUGAUUUCCGGAAGCUUCAUCAAAACCUCUGGCAGCUGCACAAGAAUGUAUGUAGCCAGUCGGAGCUGUUUCCUCCCUUUGCAAGGGCCAAAGUCUUUGGUCGUUUUGAUGACUCAGUAGUUGAGGAGAGAAGACAGUGCUCUGAGGAUCUGUUACAGUUCUCUGCUAAUAUCCCUGCUCUCUACAGCAGUCAGCACAUCCAAGAUUUCUUCAAGGGAGGCGAGGUUCACGACGGCUCAGAGCUCAUUGGACCAGCUGAGCCCUUUUCUGACUUUCUGGCAGACAGUUUAUCUGACUGCAGCUCUGACGUGCAAAGAGACAUCAGUGGUGCAGAUGAUUUAACCAUCACAUCUGAGUAUGGAGGCCCGUCCAGUGACAGCGACCUGACCUCCCUGGCUGUGGAUUCGGACUCUCUGGCUGGGCUGGAUGAUGGCAUGGCCUCAGGUCGCACCUCCCCAAACCAGCCACAGGGGGGAGCCACCAACAUUAGCAGCAGCUGCAGUCCUCGCUUGCCCUCCCUGCACAAUCGUCGCACCCCAUCUCCUGCCCCGGUUCCUGCAUCCUCAGCCCCUAACCCCGAGGUCGGCUGGCCAGGUCGAACACCACUCUUCUCCGGCAGCCUGAAGAAAGCCAGUAGUGGCAACACAAAGGACGCAAAGUCAGACUAUUUAGACAGAGCCAGUGAGCUUAUCUCUUUAGCUGAACAAAAAGAGAAAGAGCAGGACUUCCAAGCAGCUUUCUCCUGCUAUCGCAGCGGAGUGGACCUGCUGCUGCAAGGAGUGCAAGGUGAGCCCAGUCCCACGCGGCGAGAGGCCGUGAAGAAGAAGACUGCUGAGUAUCUGAUGCGCGCUGAACAGAUUUCCAGUCAGCAUCUGAGAAGCAACAUGGGUCAAGGGUCAACACAGACGGUGGCUUUGGGGGCACAGUGCUGUGCAUCCACCAGCAGAGGAGGCCAGGAGAGUCCUUCUGAGGAGCUGAGAGCCUACAGGGUGCUGGGGGUCAUAGAUAAGGUUCUUCUGGUCAUGGACAAGAGAACACAAGAGACAUUCAUCCUGAAAGGUUUAAGGAAGAGCAGCGACUGUGGGCGGAUUAAGAGGACCAUCAUGCCUCACUCUGUGCCCCACAUGGUGCAGCUGAGGAAGUUCAUCAUCUCUGAAGACGCUGUUUUCCUCUUGCUGCAGUACGCGGAAGGUGGGAAGCUGUGGUCUCACAUAGGGAAGUACCUGCGUGAUUCCAGUCCAGAUGAGAGCUUUGACAUUCCUUUCAUCCAGAAGAGCCACACAACAGCUGUCCACUCUCCACGACAUGCUGUACCAAAGCUGGAUGUCGGUUCAGCCAGUUCUGGUUCUGGGCCACUUGCUUGUUCUGAUUCUAUCUCAGGGCUGCAGAAAGGAGAGGACAACGUUGUCAAGUCUUCUCGGAAAAGCAUUCUUCCAUCCAAACUUUUGGAAAAAUUUGGAGCAAAGUCAGACUCUGUAGCCACCUCAGAGGAGGAGUGCACCAACAGCUACCUGACACUUUGCAAUGAGUACGAACAGGAGAAAGUAGAACCAGUCGUACUUGAAAAAGAGGAAGAGAAGAGCGAGCAGGAAAUGCUGUCGCUGGAGGUCCCCAACACGACGACCACCACGUCGUCACGCAGCCGCUCGCUACUCAGCAACGACAGCCUCUCUUCUCCCAUCAGCUCUCAGGAACUCGGCUUCUUCACAGAGUCGUCCGACAAAAGUGGCAACACAGCCGACAACGAGCAAUACAGAGGGGACGGCCAGGACAACAGUGAAGUCUUCAGUCCUCUGCCAUCCCCUGCUGCACCUCUAUCCUUGGAUCAGUCUAAGCACACGCCAAUGGAGUUCUUCCGCAUCGACAGCAAAGACAGCGCAAGCGAGGUGACCUGUCUCGACUCAGGAGAGCGGCGUCCCUCUCUUAAGCAGGUCUCUGUCUUUUCUACAUCUGACCUGGGCUCAGAUGUCAAUGAGGAUCUCCCAGAGCUGGCUCAGGAGGUCAAAGGCCACAGCUCGGAGCUUUGGGGAUUUGACUUUAGCGAUAAAGGCUCUAAUGAGUCAGUGCCGGUGAUUUCAUUCAAAGAGGCCGUAGUGGAGGAUGAGGGUCACCCACCGGACCUUUUGGUUAACCUGCCUGAAUUAAGUGGGACUGUAGACUCCUUGCAGGAGGAGUUAGAUUCUUCCGGGGUGUGUCUUGGCCUUGAAGCUUCAGCAUCUCCUCAGAAAUUAGUCCAGCCUGAUGUCUUACAGCUUCACAGCCAGCCUGAGGAAGAGGAGGAGGAGCAGCUGCUGGAGCAGGAGCUCUCAUCUUUCUGUACAGCGUCUGCAACCUGUGACACCAGCGUUACAUCUUCCCCCUUCAACUCGCUAUGGGACGACUGCAGCUUGGCAUUCGCACAAGAGGCCUCUGAUAAAAUGGGAAUUGAUCCUGCAUGCCAAAAUAACGACCUCCCCCUUGAUACAGACUUGCACAAUGAGAAACUAGAUGCCAGUAUGUGCGUUAAUAAAGACUUGGUACCAAAGCCCAGCGGCAAAAACGGGAGUGAGGCCAGCGCGGUGAUUGAGAGUUUACCAGGUCUUGGUGGUGAAUCAUCAAAAGUUGUUAGCGUGAAAGGCGGAAGUGAAUUUGAUAAAGAUGUAUCACGGCUGUUCGCGGAGCUAGACGAGCUGUCGUUGGCUGCAUCCCAAGCUCACAUCCCUGAGGAGUUUGUACGAUGCUGGGCCGGGGAGAUGGUGACGGCUCUGGACUUCCUGCACCAAGAGGGAAUCAUCUGUCGAGACCUGAACCCCAACAAUAUCCUGCUCGACCACCAAGGUCAUGUUCAGCUUACAUACUUCUGCAGCUGGAGCGACGUGGAGGAUUCGUAUGAUAAAGAGGCCAUCGCCAAUAUGUACUGUGCACCAGAGGUGGGAGGGAUCAGCGAGGAGACGGUAGCAUGUGAUUGGUGGAGUUUGGGCGCCAUCCUUUUUGAGCUCCUGACAGGCAUGUCUCUGCUGCGGUGCCAUCCAGCAGGAAUCGGUCGCCACACCGCUCUCAAUAUCCCCGAGUCUGUUUCAGAGGAGGGCAGGUCUCUGCUGGAGCAGUUGCUCCAGUUCAACCCAAUGGAGAGACUGGGGGCAGGUGUCGGAGGUGUGGACGAUAUCAAAGCCCACCCUUUCUUUGCCAAAAUAGAGUGGCCCAAAUAGACGCUAUGCAUUUUGGGACUGCAGAAACCAGACUUGCACUGAUGCCCUGGAUGAACUCCUUUCAGAAGGGACGGCUAAACAGAUCCAACUUAAAACAGAUGCAUCUCAAUUUUUUUGCGCUGCCAUACAGUCCCCAGUUGAUUUUUUGAUUUGUACAGACUUUGCCAAGAAGCAGUGUUACCUUCCUUGUAAAAAUGCUACUUUUUUUAUUCUCACAAGUUUACAGUGAAACUUUUCUUUUUUUUUGUUUUGAGCAGGGAACACUUAACAACAUGUGGUGCAAUAAUUCGCACAGUUCGUGCUGGUACUGAGUGAUGAUCCACUACAGCAUUGUUGCUUUAACACUCCUUAUACAUUAGCUGUGAGCCAAAAUGACACAACUGAGAGUGAGGGCUGACAUGUGAGUUAUUUUUUCAUGCAUACAUACAUUGAUUAAUUAUUGCAUGCUUAGCAUUAAACUGACAGAUUUCUGUCCCCUUUUGUAGAUCCAUGUGCAAUACACUCAGUUAGUUUCUACCUAUAACACUUAUAUCAUUCCUCACAGAGCCCACUGAGAUUAGCCAAGCCUUUUAUUUAUGAGAGCUUGAUGCUCUGAUCUAGAAACAUAGGAUUAAUACUACAACGCGGUCAAAGUUGGGCUGCUUUUUUGGUAAACAGCCCGCAUUUAGUAAUAGAGAUGGACACUAUGCAAGGGGAAUAAGCUGGAGUACCUUUUUUCAAGUGAAGAAUUAAGUUAUAACAAGUUUGAUUUAGUGCUUAUUUUCAAAAAAUCCUAUCUGGGAAGAGAGAUGGGCAUCAAUAUCAUUGGUGUUUUCAAUGACGGUGUGUUAUAUCCAUUGAUUAAAAAAAGAAUAAGGAACGAGAAUGCUUAGACUGCACAUUUGAAACCAGCCCUUUUAAUGAAUUAAGUUGUUUUUAUGAAUAUCAGAGCACUGAAUUUGCAGCAUGAAAGAACAUGAUUUAUGUAAAAUACUUAAAAAACUAUGUCAAAAUCUAUUCAACAAUAAAUAAUGUGUGAUGAAGUGUAAUUGUAAAUAGGACUUUUACAAGAUGUGCUGAGAGAAAGCUCCACCCAGGUCUCCAGGCUUUACGUCCAACCUGUCAAUCACUCACUGCCUCAUCAAUCAAAUCCUUUGUGCAUUUUCUUUCUUAGUAAUACAUCCUCUAACUUGCCAUGAAGAUCAAAUUGAUGAUUUUAUAAUAUCUAUAAUGACUAUAAUGAGUGAUAUGGUAAAACACUUCAGUGGUGACAUUUAAUGCCAUAUAUCAUUACUUGUAUAAUGGGAUGAGACUUGCGAGAGUGACUGGAGCUCAUAUCAAACAUGUUCCUACAUUUGUCUAACAUCACAUGGAUAAUCACUCCUCUGUAAACGCUGCUCUCUGUUUCACUUCACACUGAUGUUAACUGACUGAUAAUGUAAAUUAACAAAGUCCAUAUUCCAACCAUUAACUCCCUUUUUGUCAGACAAACAUUGCAGUGAGAUCAGGGUUUAAAUCUUUUAAUGAACGCUUACUCUCCAGUCUCUGCUGGCUCCGUGUCCAUACAGGUCUGUCAAUCACUCUGGAUAACAAUAAACAUACCUGGACGAGAA